GGAGGAGCCCUCAGAGGUGACCAGCCUGGUGGGCGGUGCCCCAGGUGGAGUUUGAGCAUGGGGGUGGAGAUUGGAGUCCUGGGAGGAGUUUAUGGCGGAAGAAGGGAUCAUUGCAGUGAAGGCAUUCUAAGUGAUGGGGGCAGGGCUUAGGAAGGAGAAACAGUCAGAGUCCUUGAGCCUGGCCCUGGGUGUGAUUGGAGGAAAGGGCUCAACCCCCAGGAGGGUCUCCGGAGCUGGAUAGGGCAGUGCUCUUGGGACUAGGAAGAGUCUUCUAGAGUGGGCUGAUGGGAAGCCGGAAGUCUUGGAACUGCGAUCCUUCUCCCUUCCAAAAGCUAGCGCUGUGUUUGCAGAUUUCAGGAUUGAGAGAGCAUGGCUCCUGGGAGCAGCAGACCCCCAGCCCAGGAGAUGGUGACAUUCAAGGAUGUGGCUGUGGACUUCACCCAGGAGGAGUGGGGCCUCUUGGACCCUCCUCAGAAGGAGCUGUACAAGGAAGUCAUACUGGAGAAUGCCCAGAACCUGCUCUCCCUGGGGCUUCCUGUUCCCAGAGAAGAUGUGAUCUUUUAUUUUGAGCAAAGGGAAGCACCAUCGAUCCUGGAGCAAGAAGGCCUGAGGCGCUGCUGUCCAGGAGAGAUUACACUUGAAAUAGAAGACACUUCAGCCGAGAUAAGCCUUUCUGUGGAAGAAACUGAUCAGCAAAGAUGCAUGAAUAAUGAUCCUUCUGACUUUGUUAGAAUAGAAAUCUGUGCUGUAACACAUCAGAGAAUCCACACUAGGGAGAAACCAUAUGAAAGGAAUCAGUGCGCAAAGUCUUCCAGACAUAGGUUCCACCUUGGUGAACAAUGGAGAAUCCACACUGGAGAGAAACCUUAUGAAUGUAAUCAAUGUGGAAAGAGUUUCACAUGGAGGUCCCAUCUUGUUAACCAUCAGAGAAUCCACACUGGAGAGAAACCUUUUGAAUGUAAUCAAUGUGGAAAGACUUUCAGGCAGAGGUCCCAUCUUGCUGAACAUCGGAGAAUACACACUGGAAACAAAACUUAUGAAUGUAAUCAGUGUGGAAUGACAUUUGGAAUCAGACACCAGUUCAUUAAACAUCAGAGAAUCCACACUGGGGAGAAACCUCAUGAAUGUAAUCAGUGUGGAAAGACUUUCACAUGGAGGUCCCGUCUUGUUAACCAUCAGAGAAUCCACAGUGAUGAGAAACCUCAUGAAUGUAAUCAGUGCAGAAAGAGUUUCAAAUGGAAGUCCAAUCUUGUUCACCAUCAGAGAAUCCACACUGGAGAGAAACCUCAUGAAUGUAAUCAGUGUGGAAAGAGUUUCACAUGGAGAUCCCGUCUUGCUAACCAUCAGAGAAUCCACACUGGAGAGAAACCAUUUGAAUGCAAUCAAUGUGGAAAGACUUUCAGACAGAGGUCCCAUCUUGCGGAACAUCGGAGAAUCCAUACUGGAGAGAAACCUUAUGAAUGUAAUCAGUGUGGAAUGACAUUUAGAAUCAGACACAAGUUCACUGAACAUAAGAGAAUCCACACUGGGGAGAAACCUCAUGAAUGUAAUCAAUGUGGAAAGACAUUCAAAAUCAGAUGCAAUCUCAUGGUACAUCAGAGAAUCCAUACUAGGGAGAAACCUUAUGAAUGUAUUCAUUGUGGAAAGGCUUUCACACAGAGGUCCAAUCUUGUUCACCAUCAGAGAAUCCACACUGGAGAGAAACCAUUUCAAUGUAAUCAAUGUCGAAAGACUUUUAGACAGAGGUCUCAUCUUGCUGAACAUCAGAGAAUUCACACUGGAGAGAAAACUUAUGAAUGUAAUCAGUGUGGGAUGACAUUUAAAAUCAGACAAAAGUUCACUGAACAUCAGAGAAUCCACACUGGGGAGAAACCUCAUGAAUGUAAUCAAUGUGGAAAGACUUUCACAGGGAGGUCUGAUCUUGCUGAACAUCAGAGAAGCCACACCAGAGAGAAAACUUAUGAAUGUAAUCAAUGUGGAAAGACUUUCACAGGGAGGUCCACUCUUGUUAACCAUCAGAGAAUCCACACCAGAGAGAAACCUUUUGAAUGUAAUCAGUGUGGAAAGACUUUCAGAUGGAGUUACUCAAGGAUUACAACCUGUGAGCUAAAACUAGUCAAUCGGAAGGCAGUGUUCCUUAGCCAACGGGGAGGCCACAUAGGGACAACCUUCAACUUCUCCCCCACAUAG